AUGUCAGAUAUAUAAGAGUAAACUACUCCAAAUGAACGAGCAAAAGAAAUAUCAUAAGCGAAGACACCUGAAAAUCCCGAUGACAUUCAAAAAAGUAAAUCUGAAGAACCAAAAUAUUUUUACCGAUUAUUAUUAACAUAAUUGACAGUCAUUUUGAUUUCAACCUUUUUACCUACUAAGAGAUACUUCUUCUACUCAUACGCCCAUUAUCCAAGAAGUGGGAUCACUUUUGAUGAAUAUUGUUCUAAAUAUGAAAAAUGCAGGUAAAGUUAUUACUACUACAAUUCAUCCUACUAUUAUUAAGACUAAAAUCAAUAUGAAGUUUGGAAGAAUUCCGUAGCUUAAGAUAUCACUGUGUAUUCGAACUUAUAUUACUUUUCUUUCUUUAUUUACCCCGCAUUGUUGGUUAUUUAAUCAGUUUUUAGAAAUUGCUAAUUAUUUAAAUAAAGACAGAAACUUUUCCAUUACAUACAAUACCCAUUCUUGAGUCUAUUCAUCUAGGUGUGCACACACUAAAUCAAAUCAUCAGAUUAUAGUAAUUUAUUUUACCAUUUGAGAAUAUUACUUAUAUAUAAAAUAGGAAUUGUGGGAUUCUUUUAUUUCAAUCAAAAAUGCUUGUAAUGGUAGCUUGAAACAAAAUCUACAACUUAAAGAUUGGUUAAUGGCUCCUUCGCUCUCAUUUGUUUGAAAGAACUACUAAAUUGUAUUAGUUAAAGUCACUCCAGUUGGAUACCACACAUUUUAUUCCUUUUAUAUACUCAAGUAUAUUUAUUACACCUUAACUCAAAUUUAUUCCAAGAAAAUAAUAAAUACGCUAUCCAGAAUAGAUCAGUUUUAUAAUUAACCAAAUAAAAAAUACAAUCAUUUUUUGAUGUUUAGGAUGUUUAUAGAGAAGUAGCAUAGACUUAUUUUGUCAUUUCAAAAAAGAUCAUGUACUCUUCGAUUGGAGGAAUCGUUCUCGCAAUAAUUUUAAGAGAUUAGAUUUUUAAACUUGAAAAAGUUUUAGUUUUAUCUGGAAUUUUCUUGAUCUUAGGUUGGGAAACAUCACUUGUAUCCACAUCAUCGAAACUCACUAAUAGAGACUAAUACCAAGCAGCCAGUUUAUACUUUUUAGAUUUCAUGCUGCCAAUCAGAAAUAUUGUAAUGGCCUUCCUUGCUUGA